AUGGUCACUGUUUCUCCAUCCAUCACUGGUACAUCUAGUGGAGGCUUAGAUUAUAAGGAAUCUAACUGGUUGAAGGAGCUGCCCAGCCCCAUGAGAUUUCAGGACCAAUCAGAUAACAAAUGUAACAAGCUCUUCCAUAUCUAUUCUGUUGCUUCUGUGUUUUCAUAUUUCACAGUAGCUGAAGCUGUUCAGUUGAAUGAAAGAUUGACAGGUGUUAACCAUCAGCAAAACACUAGAAUAAGGGAAGUUCAGAAUGAGAACUUUAACUUGUCCAGAGAAGUUAUUGAACUCAGAAUGGAGUUAAAACAAAAGAACUUUCCCAAACCUCUUUACCCUGAGGCACAGACAGAAAACCUGAAACUCAAGAUCCAGACUCAAAAGAUUCAAGAAGAAAUGAAACAUCUUAAGGAACUGCUAAAGGUUGACAGGGAGGAAAAUGAGAAAACUGUUGUGGCAUUGAAAAGAGCAAAUGAAAUGAUGCAAGAGUAUUUGGAGCUUAUGAAGCAAGCAGAAGAAGAAAAAGAUGCAAUAAAGAUGGAGCUUAAGCAGGCUAAUAUUGAAAUUCAGAAACUACAAGAAGAUUUUGUCAAUCAGGAAAUAAAACUACACAAAGCGGAAGAGAAUCACCAAGAUGUUGUGAAGCAGUGGAGGAUGAAGGAGUUAAUGAAGGAUGACAAAUGUAACAAAGACACCCAGACCAACAGUCCUGAGGGUAAGAUAGGAGUUGGAACUCAGACUAUGUUAAGUUCAUCCAAAUUACACCUGGUUCAGCCAAUUUCAGAAGAUGCUAGAAAAAUGAAUAAAAACAGCAGUAAAGAAGACCAGAAAAAGAAUAUAAUAACAGAAAUUGAGGUUGCUGAUGAAACAUUUAAGUGUUUGACUACUGACACAAAUGAAGAAACCAAAAUAAUGCAAUCAAACAUUUGUACAGAUAAUUCUGUAAUCUCUCAAGGAGUACAAAAGCAUCAAGACAACAUGUGUGUUUUGCUUCAUCAGAUUUCAAAUUGUUCUCCAAAAUCAAAAUAUAAUGAUUUCCAAGAAGUCAAAGCAAAUGAUUUCAUGUGGAAUGAAGAAAGUUCACAGUUGCAAGAUCAACAAGAAGCAGGUUUUAAUAUUCAAAAGUUCGAGGAUAAUAAAGAAGCAGUGAACAUCCAGCCAAAAAACAAUAAAGCUAUUGCAAUUUCUUUCAAAUCAGUCGAAAAGAAUGAUAAAAGUUAUUUGUGUUCUACAGUAGUCUAUGGUUCAGAUAAUUGUGUAAUGAAUAAACCUAUUCAAGAACUACAUGACAACAGAAAAACAGAUGAAAAAAUUAGUUCAUCAUCCAAUGUUGAGUGUCAAUUCAAAACAGAGAACUCAGUCUCUACGUGUUCAAGAUCAGUCAAAGACACUGUGAUGAAUGAUAAAUGGAUAUUAAAGAAUAUGAACAUAGAACCUGAAGAAAUUAUUGCAUUAUCAGACCAUUCUUUAAAAAAUAAUGAAAUUUCUGGAAUAGAUAGAACAUUCAGUACAUUGAAUCAAAAGUCUCUCUCACAAAUAGAUAACAAAGAAAAUAUCAUUGGUCAGAAAGGAGCAUCACAACAUUGGGUUCAGAGUGAACCAUUGUUGUUAAGUUAUUCAGAUACCUCUUUUGUUUCUAGUUUUCCAAAAUUUUUUAACAAUGAGUUGAGUUGUGAAAAGCCAAAGACUUCUAUUUUCCAUGAAACAGUAACACAGUACACACAGAAGAAACAAGCUUUAACAGUUACAGAUAAAAAUUCAUUGCAAACAAGUUACAGUAAUACUAAAUCCUCUUCUUCCAUGUCUCUAAAGCUAAGUUGUCAGGUAUGUACAAGACCUACAUCUACCUACUCUAACACAUCAUUGAAAUUAACUGCAGAAACUACAAAAAGUAGCUGUGUCACUGAGAAAAACCACAACAAGAUGCAUUCUUUUCAUGUGAUUUCUCAACUAAAUGACAAAGGAAAUUACGAGAUAGCUCAUAUAUCAGAUUCAGUCUCUAAUUGUUAUACCACAUCAUUAGCUACAACAGCUGCUAAAAAUAAUUGCUUCACUGAGAACAGUCCAGUGUCUUCCAGUAAGUUACUGGUCACUCAGAAAGUUGAAAAAGAAACUGUAUCAUCAAAAGAUAAUACCUUAAAGUUAUCAUUUCAAGAUCCAGAUAUGACAAUAAACUAUAAAGAUGAACCAUUUGUUCUUGAUAUUUCAAAGAAAAGAGAGUUUAUCCAACAGAAAAUACUACAGGAUAGAACUACUGAUAACCAUGAGAAAAUAACAGUAUUAGUAUCUACUGAUUCCUAUAUUAAGGAGGAUUCAACAACUUCAAAGGGUUUGAUACAAUCUGUUGCUCUAACAGAACCUUCUAAUAUCCAGCAGAAAGAACCCAGCAAAGAUGUUCUGUCCUUAACUCAUGGUGAAAAAAUGUCAUCUAAUGAAAAGGAAAAGAGCAAAUGUGUUGAACUCCAUCAGGUGCAAUCAACACACACAACAAAGCAAGAUACCUGGGAGCCACCUUUUAAAAAACCUAAAACAUUGUAA